CAUUCCAUAAACACAAAAAAAAAAAAAAAAAAAACGGUGGCUUUAGCAACCUUUAAACUUCCCUUAAACCAAACCAAUGCCUCCCAAACCCACCACCAUCGGCAUCAGCACCACCCGGUGGCCCUUCCCACCGGGCACCCGAGUAGAAAUCAGCCCAAAAGACGUCGGAUUCGUGGGCUCCAGGUUCACCGGCACGGUCCUCAAAGCCUACCGAAACAAAUACCUCGUCCAAUACGAGACCCUGGUGGCGGACCUCGACCCCUCCGAGCCCGUGCGCGAGAGCCUCAACGUGUCGCAGCUCCGGCCGGUCCCACCCCGGGAGACGCAGCGGGAGUUCCGGGUGGGGGAUGACGUGGACGCGUACCACAACGAGGGGUGGUGGGAGGGCGUGGUGACAGAGGAGUUGGCGGGUGGGAGGUUGGGGGUUUUCUUCCGGGCGUCCAGGGAGCACAUUGGGUUUCAGAAGGAGGACCUCAGGCUGCACAGGGACUGGGUUCAUGGGAAAUGGGUUCCGCCAUUUGAGCAAGACGAGAAAGUGUCUACUAUGACAGAGGUAAAACCUAUCGAAGCAAAAACAACCCAGGAGAUAUUUAGCAAGGGGGCACUGGUUGAGGUUGGCAGUGAUGAAGAAGGUUUUCAUGGUGCUUGGUUUGCCGGUACCGUUGUUGAAGAAGCAGUGGGAAAGGACAUGUUUCUUGUCCAGUACCAGAGCCUGAGGACAGAUGAUGAUUCAGGCUUUCUAAGAGAAGAGAUUGAUACCCUCCACAUUAGGCCGUAUCCCCCAGAAACUCUUGUUGUUGAUCGUUUCAAUCUUUUUGAAGAAGUUGAUGCUUGGUAUAAUGAUGCUUGGUGGGUCGGUGUGAUUUCUAAGGUUCUUGUUGGCACAAAAUACCGAGUCUACUUUAGGGACAGCAAUGAGGAAAUAGAGUUUCAACACUGUAACCUAAGGCCACACCAGGACUGGAUUGAUGGCAAAUGGGUUAUGGCUUCCCGGGCUCUGGAGUUGUGAUUGCUGGAGAAACUUGGAAAGGCAUCCUUUGUGUACCUGGAUUACUUGCACUUCUUGCUUAACACACUGCUAAUUUUAGUGCCUAUUUGAAGCAUUCCUCAACUUAUUAAACCAAAGCAAAAAGAUCAUGAUGUAAUUAAUUAGAUCUGCUUUUUAAGUUUACUGUUGGAUUAUCUUGGCAUUUGACCAGAUUUACUGUUCAAAAUUGAUUUCUGCAUAUGAAAAGGGCUUCUCUGUUA